AUGUAUAUUUAUUUGAGCAAGAAGAUCAGCAUUCCACACGGUUUGCAGCUCAGGAGCCUGUCUUGGAACGCGCAACAGGGAUGGCUGGCCUGCGGGACUGAUCAUGGCAUUGUCAAGGUUCUCAAGCUCCAAGAUGCAUCCGGAGUGAAGGACGAUGGGUUUUUCACCACGCAAUCGAACCUUUCCAUGAACCAGACGCUUGAAGGGCACCGGGGUUCCAUCCUAGUAGUUAACUGGAAUCAAAACUACCGAAAGCUGACGUCAAGUGAUGAGAAUGGACUCAUCAUCGUUUGGAUACUUCAUAAGGGAAUGUGGUUUGAGGAAAUGAUUAACAACCGCAGCACGAGCGUUGUUCGUGACAUGAGAUGGUCUUCUGACGGCCGUAAAAUUUGUUUUAUAUAUGAAGAUGGCCAUGCAGUGUUGGGAAAUGUGGAUGGAAAUAGAAUUUGGGGAAAGGAGCUUAAUCACCGGCUUGUGCUUGUCGAGUGGUCACCAGAUGGUAGGCUUGUGCUUUUAUGUACUAAAGAGGGAAAAUGCUUGUUAUAUGACUGCCAUGGCAGCUUUGUUUCCAGUCUUGCAUUACGAUUUGAAGUGGAUUCCGAUAUUGUUGGUUUACAUUGGUAUGAUGGGUUUGAAGGUCUAGAUGACACUUAUCCUCCAAUACUUGCAAUAGCACUUGAAAGUGGUAAAAUUCAGCUAAUGAGGCAUGAGCUUGACGGAGAACCUAUUCUUGUAACUGCAGAAAUGACGACUGCCUCAAUCAGGUGGAACCCCAAUGGUACAGUACUCGCUGUAGCUGGCUACAAAAAAACCCAGGAGGAUACUAACUCAAUAGUGAAACUCUUUUCCCCACUGGGAUUUCACUUGAGAACCCUUCACGUGCCAAACACCAAAGUUAGGGCAGUGACAUGGGAAGGGACUGGCUUGAGGUUAGCAAUUGGAGUGGAUGCAAGCAUAUACCUCGCAAGUAUUAGGCCUGACUACAAGUGGACUUUCAUUGGCCAAAGUACAUGUGUAUAUAGCUUUAAAAAAAAACACCCUGAUGAGCACUGUGUAAUGUUCUGGGAUGUAACUACUGGUGACAGGUACUUGAAACACGUCAACAGACUUUGUGCUGUGUGCGGUUCUGGAGGCCAUUGUGUUUUGGCUACAAAGGAAGAGGAACCUAAUCAAUAUAUUCUUAUACUUUGCAAUGCCAUUGGCAAUCCUCUUGAGUCAAACCACAUGACCAUAGAACCAGUCUUCAUGACUAUGAAUGAAAAUCAAGUUUUUGUGGCAUCCAAAACUGAUGUGUAUGUAUGGAAUUAUCGAGAUUCUUUACCAUUACUACCUUCCAAACAACUGCUAAGUUCUUUCAGCAAUGAUCUAAGCAAGGAAUCCAAAGAUCAUACAUAUUGUUUGGACUGGAAAAUCAAUACAGGCAUCAAUCAGGACCGAAAGUCGGAGUUCGAACGUAAGGCUGUAUGGAAUAUGAAAUGGGCGGAUGACAAUCCAGAUUUGAUCGUGAUAAUGGAAAGAUCUCGGAUGUACGUUCUUAGGGGUACCGAACUUGAAGAGCCUGUUUCUUGCAAUGCAUAUUUUUGUAGUUUUCACAACCUACAGGUGUUAGCAAUUCGGCUUGACGAUGUUAUGCAACAGCCAGAGCAGCCAACAAGAGCCCAUAUUUUCAGUUAUGAGACCAAAUCCUUACGUGAUACACAUCAAAUUCUCCAAGCGGUUGAAAUUCAAGACGCCUACAGCUAUGUAGAAGAGCAUGGACAUCCACGCCUAUGGACAUCCCUUGCUGAACAUGCUUUGGAGCACCUUGACUUCAGUGUUGCUGCAAAGGCGUUUGUAAAGUGCAAAAACUACUAUGGCAUACAGUUUGUUAAGAAAGUCGAAGCUCUUCGAGACAAGAACCUGCAAAAUGCAGAGGUAUGUGCGUACUUUAGAAGGUUUGAGGAUGCUGAAAGAAUCUAUAUCAACAUAGAUAGGAAGGAUCUUGCCAUUCACAUGCGAAUGAAAAUGGGGGAUUGGUUCCUAGUGGAGAAGCUUUUGGAAAACUUUCCUGGGAACAACUCACUUCUGAAGCUAACCUGGAACAAUAUCGGUGAUCACUUUGUUGUCACGCAAAAUUGGAAUGACGCUGAAAGAUAUUAUAGCAAAGCAAAAAAUUUUCAGAUGUUGGCCGAAUGUUACUCUGAACUUCAGCACUGGACCAAACUGCAAAAACUUAUGGACUAUGUUGAAGAUGGUUCGCCCCUUCUGGAAUCUAUAGCAAGAAAAUUUAUGAACAUUGGCGUUUGUGAGCAUGCGCACAAUGCAGACUCUCUAGAUCUCUCAGAUAUGGAUAUUCGGAACGCCUGGCACAACGCAGAAGCAUACCACCUUUGGAUGCUUGCUCACCGCGAGCUUUAUUCUGGAAAUCUGGAACAAGCGGCAAAGGUUUCGUGGUGGCUGAAAGAUUAUGAAGACGUGUUACAACCGCAUAGUAUAUACUCCCUCAUUGCACUCACAUCAUACUUCUGUGGGUAUUACGAGCAAUGCAGCAGGGCCUUUACUGUGCUGGAGCUAAAUCGUAGCAUUCCAGAACAAGAACGAAAGGACUAUAAAGAAAUGGCAGCAUCCAUCUUUUCAAGGCAUCAACCUGUUAGUAAUGCAAAAGUAAGCAGUGGAAUACGAAAAUGCUUGAGGUGUGGAGUCUCUUUGGAGGAUGAACUCAAGCGUAGGUGUCCGACACCUAAAUGUACGGCAACUUUUCCCAUAUGUAUGGCAAGUGGAACUCAAAUCUUGCACGAAGAUUUUGUCAAGUGCGGCUACUGCAAAUCUCUCAUGAUAUCUUCCAAGCUCAAGUACAAGCAUCAAACCUCUGCCAAAAAGUAUUUAGCUCAGUGA